GGCACACACCCGUUCAAGCGAGUGGUGUGAGUUGGCAGUUCCGUCAUCGUCAGUCGAGUUCCAUUUCGCGGGUCAGGUUGGGCUGACUGCCGGCAACCCCCACCGAACAGCAAUGCCAGCAACAUCGACCUGACGCCCGUCCUCCAUCCGCUGAACUGCGUCAUUCCUCUCCGGCGCCAAGAUGUCAUCCCUACUCGUCGUCAUCUUCGUCAUCGAGCUGGUGGUGCAGCUCGUCAACACAAUAGGCGCAGCCACCAUCAACAACAUGCUAUGGCGUUUCUACCUCUCUUUCCCAACACCGCUCGCCCGGCAGUUUGCCGACCAGCGCAAGAAGCAAAAGGAAUACCUGGCAGUCCGGCACGAUCUCAAUGCAACAAGCAGCCAGGACGAGUUUGCGAAGUGGGCGAGGUUGCGGCGGCAGCACGACAAGCUGCUGGAUGAGCUGGAGAAGAAGAAGUCCGAGCUCGAGGCCUCCCGCGCACGAUUCGACCGCUACCUCACGGCCGUCCGUCUGAUCUCCACCCGCGGCGCGCAGUGGCUGCUGCCGAUGUGGUACGGCCGCAAGCCCAUGUUCUGGCUCCCGUACGGCUGGUUCCCCUACUAUGUCGAGUGGUUCGCCUCGUUCCCGCGGGCCCCGCUGGGCAGCGUCAGCAUCGCGGUGUGGCAGUGGGCGUGCACGGGCAUGCUGGCCCUCGUAAUGGACACCGUGGUGGGCAUCUUAGGGCUUGUCGCGGCAAGCAGGCAGUCAAAUGGCGCAAAGCAGAAGCAGAGGCAGAAGCAGCCCGUCCCCGCGGCGCAGGCUGGGUCCGGGAAGGUCGAGAGCAAGAAGGACUUGUGAUUAGAGUACUUGGGCUUGCUCUAGGCAACACAUUGACUUCGAGCGACCAUUGGAGAGGGCCACCGAAGCUUCGAUAGUGCCAACUGUGUCGGAUUUGC